CGCCCCGCAGUUGUUUGUCCCGCGCCGGCCGCCGUCGCGCCCCGCCCGCCAUAUUGUGCAGGGCGCAGGCGGAGCGGCGGCCGGCGAUGGUGGUGAGGACCCAGCCCAGCCCGCAGUGAGCAGCCAGGACCCCUGAGAGCGCCGGGCAUGGCCGGGGGCCGCCGGGGGCCCAACAGAGCCUCCUACUGCCGGAGCCCCCUGUGCGAGCCCGGCGCUGCCGCCGCCGCCGCCGCGCACGGCCCCGGAGCCGCCGUCACCGGCGUGCGCUCCCGGACCAGGAGUGGCUCGGGGACAGGCCUGUCCAGCCCGCCCCUGGCAGCCCAGACCGUGCUCCCUCUGCGGCACUGCAAGAUCCCCGAGCUGCCCGUGGAGAGGAGCGUCCUGUUCGAGCUGCAGCUCUUCUUCUGCCACCUCGUCGCCCUCUUCGUGCACUACAUCAACAUCUACAAGACGGUGUGGUGGUACCCUCCGUCCCACCCGCCCUCUCACACCUCCCUGAACUUUCACCUCAUUGACUUCAACGUGCUGACAGUGACCACCAUCGUCCUGGCACGGCGGCUCAUCGGCGCUGUCGUCAAGGAGGCCUCCCAGAGUGGCAAAGUGUCCCUGCCCCGCUCCAUCCUGCUGGUGCUGACGCGUUUCGCCGUGCUCACGGGCACGGGCUGGAGUCUGUGCCGCUCCAUCAUCCACCUCUUCAGGACCUACUCCUUCCUCAACCUCCUCUUCCUGUGCUACCCGUUUGGGAUGUACAUCCCCUUCCUCCAGCUGAACUGUGACUUUCGCAAGGCCGGGCUCCUGGCCCAGGUGGCCAACAUCGGCCCCAGGGACACUCAGGGGGAGGUGACACCGCGGGGCAAGGACUACCUGACCGUGCUGAAGGAGACGUGGAAGCAGCACACGAGGCAGAUGUACGGCAUGGAGGCCAUGCCCAGCCACGCCUGCUGCCUGUCCCCGGACCUGAUCCGCAGCGAGGUGGAGUUCCUCAAGAUGGACUUCAACUGGCGCAUGAAGGAGGUGCUGGUGAGCUCCAUGCUCAGCGCCUACUACGUGGCCUUCGUGCCCGUGUGGUUUGUCAAGAACACGCAGUACUACGACAAGCGCUGGUCGUGCGAGCUGUUCCUGCUGGUGUCCAUCAGCACCUCGGUGAUCCUCAUGCAGUACCUGCUGCCCGCCCGCUACUGCGACCUGCUGCACAAGGCUGCAGCACACCUGGGCUGCUGGCAGAAGGUGGACCCAGCCCUCUGCUCCAACGUGCUGCAGCACCAGUGGACCGAGGAGUGCAUGUGGCCUCAGGGGGUGCUGGUGAAGCACAGCAAGAACGUCUACAAGGCCGUGGGCCACUACAACGUGGCCGUGCCCUCGGACGUGUCACACUUCAGAUUCCACUUCUUUUUCAGCAAACCCCUGCGGAUCCUCAACAUCCUGAUCCUGCUGGAAGGAGCCGUCAUCUUCUACCAGCUCUACUCGCUGAUCUCCUCAGAGAAGUGGCACCAGACCAUUUCCCUGGCCCUGAUCCUCUUCAGCAAUUACUACGCCUUCUUCAAGCUGCUGCGGGACCGCCUGGUGCUGGGCAAAGCCUACUCCUAUGCUGCCAGCAGGGACUCGGAGCACAAGUUAAAUUAAAAAUUAAAACACUUGCACUGAUGCCCUCAGCCUAUUACAGAACAAACAAAAAACGAGAAACCCUCAGAGCUUUGUAUUUUUGUUACCACUGCUUUUUUUUUGGUGUUGUCGUUGCCGUCGUUUUCUUUGAUAACUGAUGUAAUUAAAAGGAAGAGAAAAAAAAAAAAGAAAGAUAUUUUUUUACUCUCAACAA